CGUGGACAGGUGUGGCCCAAAGUUGCUUAGCGCCAUCAGUGGACCAACUGCCAAAGAGCUUCUCCGCCUCUCCUCACUUCCAAGAACUGACUGCUGCAGCUUCAUCUCGUGGCUCUUGCUUCAGAAAGUGCCAUUCAAGGAAAAGCCGGUCUUUUUCUCAUUCUAAUGUGUUUCUAUUUUCAGAUUUAAUUGUUAUCCCUGCUCAGCUGCACAAUCAAACCUUGGUAUUGGGGUCGUUACCAGUGGGGGUUGGCUGUUGUUUGGUCCCAUCACAUCAUCACCUACCUUAUCUCCCGCCUCCGACCGAACUCCGCUGCAUAACGGGAUACCGUUGGAUCAACACCUCCUCUUUUCGCCGGCGCUUUCCCUCAUAGAAGCCCCCUCCCUCCAUGUCCUUGUUCGGCACAUCUCCCGAGGACUCCUCGGCAGGCAAUUCAGCUCAUAGGUCCAAGUCUUCGCUCUUCGCCGACGAACCCUCUCUAGGUACUGGUAGCAAUGCCAACCUGGGCUCCUCCCUUUUCGCCGACGAUGACGACCUGGGCUCUGGUUCACCGUGGAAUAACAAUGUCAACAAGAGGACUGCCAGGCAUAAGCUCGUGAAGACCUUACUAUCGGACUCGGAUGCCCCCGAGAGUUAUAUCGAUGCCUACGACCUAGUCCUCAGUGCAGGCGAUCGCGUUGGCGCCGGUAUUGGACUGACUUCAGUCAGGGAAAUUCUGUCCGGCAGCGGGGUCAGUGCCUCUGACCAAGAAAGAAUCCUCAACAUUGUUGUUUCUGGUGAUAUCGAUAGUGCAAAUGGACUGGGACGUGGCGAGUUCAACGUUCUUCUAGCACUCGUGGGCCUUGCGCAAGAAGGGGAAGACCUUACAUUAGAUGCAGUCGAUGACAGGCGCAAGAAGCUCCCCGCACCGAAAAGCUUAUACCUUGAUGCGUUGCGCGCAAAGCAGGAAUCCGGCACCCCUGCGCCGUCGCAAGAGCGGCCGAUUACUCCACCUCGCCCUGCGUCACCCCAGCAAGCGCCCCACUCAGCUCAAUCACGACGGUCACGACGAGAAUCGAUGACAGGCUUCGAGUCCGACCCUUGGGGUAGUCCAGAGCUGCAUCGCGGACAUACCCACGCACAACUCGAAUCCGACCAUCCCGUGUUGAAUGGCUAUGGUAGUGUUCGGUCCGCUACUAAUGCUUGGUCUAGUAGAGUCGGUGAGGACAAUAACCCCAAUGAAAUUUCGAACACCAACCGCUUGAAUGGCCAAACAGAUCCUGCGCCGUCCCACGGCUCAGGAUUUGGAUGGGGUGAAAGUCUUGGCAAUACCCCGAGUGAUGGUGGGCUUGGAGCAACAGCCCGGACUGGACUUGGAGGAUUUGGCCCUCCUAGUAGUGAUCACAGUGACCCAAAUCCCCGUCGGCGGUCACUGGGGAUAAGUAGGGUAGCAAGUCCGCCGGUGGAAGAACUCGUGACGGUAACGCUACUCCCGGAGAAGGAGGGGAUGUUCAUGUUCCAGCAUCGCAAUUAUGAGGUAAAGUCCGCUCGUAGGGGGAGCACAGUGGUACGGCGAUACAGUGAUUUUGUUUGGCUCUUGGACUGUCUCCAAAAACGGUAUCCGUUCCGACAGCUUCCUCUUCUUCCACCGAAGAGACUUUCAGCGGAUUCCAAUGCAUUUCUCGAGAAACGUCGCCGUGGACUCGUCCGAUUUACCAAUGCCCUUGUCCGACACCCCGUCCUUAGCCAGGAGCAACUCGUGAUCAUGUUCCUAACUGUCCCUACUGAACUGUCCGUGUGGCGGAAGCAAGCCACGAUUUCUGUGCAAGAUGAAUUUACUGGGCGAGUCCUUCCCCCUGAUCUGGAAGACUCCCUGCCUUCUACCCUUCCGGACACAUUCGAGACCGUCAGGGGCGGUGUAAAGACGUCUGCGGAAAUCUACAUCAACCUAUGCACAUUACUUGAGCGUCUGGCCAAGCGCAAUGAAGGCCUUGCGGCUGACCACCUGCGGUUCUCGCUCGCCCUUCAAUCCCUCACGGAGGUGACUCGAGACACAUACGCGAUUGACACCAACGACGUUCCUUUACUUAAUGAGGGUAUCAAAGCCACUGCCAAUCAUCUCUCUGUCAGCCAAAGCCUAUUGGAGGAUGAGGCACGUGCCUGGGAAGAGGGCGUGUUGGAGGACUUGAAGCGCCAGCGAGACUGUCUGGUCAGUGUGCGGGAAAUGUUCGACCGCCGAGACCGUUACGCGCGGAACAACAUUCCUCAACUGGAGCGGCGCAUCGAGAACAACGAGAGGAAGCUACAGGCUUUGAGAAGCCCUCAAGGUACCGCCAAACCCGGAGAGAUCGAGAAGGUAGAGGAUGCAAUCUUCAAGGUGCGUAUUUCUUCCACGCCUGAAUUUACCAUCAUCUACUGACGUCGCGUUUGUUGAACUUUCAAGGACAAGGAGUCGAUUGUACAACAACAUGCGCGCGGUGUUUUCAUCAAAGAAUGCAUUCGCGACGAAAUAAUAUAUUUCCAGCAGAGCCAGUAUCAUAUUAGCCGACUUCACCAGGACUGGAGUCAGGAGCGGGUCAAGUAUGCCGAGCUGCAGGCAGAUAAUUGGCGGUCAUUGAGUGACCAAGUCGAAGGCAUGCCUUUGGGUGACUGAGAAGAUGGACAUGAUUGUAGCAAUGCAGGCGACCGGUCUAGACGUUUUUAUUUUUUUUUUAUUUUUUUUUUUUUAGUUGCGUGUCUAUGUGUAUGAGUUUAUUUUUCUCUGUGCCGCCGUCGCCGACGAUUGCGUGGGGGAGAGUACACUAUGUGUUUAGCCUGAUGUUUCUGAAGCGGUCUUUUUGCGAUGUAUCUUGCCUCGCUUACUGCAUUGUUUUUGUUUGAAGUCUCUUCGUGGCCCUCUGGGACCACCAGGAUUGAUACCUUUAAUUUGGAAUAUGGUUGGGCUGCUUGUUGGGAGUGAGAAACAUGAACCGAUACAUCAUUAAG